GACCUAGACGGAAGUAAACAAAAAAGCAGACGACAUGCAUGCAUAACGUGGGAGAUCGGACACGGCAGCCGCGAUUUGUGUUCGGUUUAUAUUAAGACCUGAACGUGAAGUGUAGUAUCAAUGGAAAUCUUUGGCUGUGGAUAUAAUGGUUUUGGGCAACUACUCCCUGCAUCAUCAAAACGGUGUAUCUGUUCUCCUGUCAAGAUUUUUCAGGAAUUUGUUUUGUUGGACACAAAUUACAAAGAAUCCCGAUUUGCACUAGGCCGGUCUGCUUCCAUGGCUUCGGAAAAAUUCAUCAAAUUAACUUCAUCCUGGAGUACAGUGCACGUCCUAAGUGAUUCUAAAAUUUGGUGGCAAGGAUUCUACAAUGGAAAGAAGUCGGCAUUUCAGACUUUGGAAACAGAUGAAUUGCAGAGGAGUCAUGUAGUUGAUAUGGAUGCUACAUGUGAAAAGUUAUAUUGCACAACAGAAGAUGGAGAGUGUAUUGCAGUGGACAUAGGGACUGGUCAAGUGUUAAAGGUCAAAGAGGGUGAAAAUGGAUUGAGAACAAAAUUCUUGAAGGUUGCUGUUGGUGAUAGGAAUAAAGUGGCAGUUACAGAUGGGUAUUCAUCUGGUUUUAUUUCAAGUGAAAACAGCAGCUAUAUCUUUCGUCCCUUUGAUUGUGCUGUAAAAUUCUCUCAAGUGCACUGCGGUAAAGAGCAUGUGAUUCUGCUCUCUCAGAUCUACCAAGUGUACAGCUUUGGGCUUGGCAGUCGAGGCCAGUUGGGUCAUGGGACAACGGAUGGAGAAAGUCAGCCAAGACUCCUAGAAGCUCUGGGGAGUGUUCCUGUAGACACAAUCAGUGCAGGUGGAUGGCAUUCAGCAGUAGUCAGCACUAUUGGAGAUAUCUAUGUAUGGGGCUGGAAUGAAUCUGGCCAACUAGGAUUUCCAAUGCAGAGAAAAUCAGUAAGCCAACAUCACGGUACCUCUCAAGAUCUGCUUGCUGAUGGAAGCGAUUAUCUGCCCAGUCUAGAGAAACCACACUCUGGAGUAAAGAGGACUUUGGAGCAACAUGCAGAACAAACCGCAUGGACAAAGAAGAAAGCCAUAUCUUUAAAAUCAACAGAAAGUAGUAGUACAUUGUCUCAGUCACUUGAAGAUGGAAAUUUAAAGUUAAUUAAAGGAGAAGUUUUUGAAACAAGCAAAAGAUCCCAUGGAAAUCAACCUCAUUACAAAAAUGUAACUUCUCAGACAGACGUUCAUUAUCAGAAGGCACACCAACCAUUAAAACUCCCCUCACUGCAUGAUACAGGUUUCCAAAAACAAGUUACUGCAGAAAUAAAUUCCACCUUAAAUGAAGUGAUUGACGAUCGGAAUUAUGGUGCUGGAGAAGAAAGCAACUGUUCCAAGGAGCAUCAUGCAGCAGACCUGAUGGAUGAACGCAGUGACAGCAGAGACACCAUACUCUUCCAGCCUCUUCCCAGAAUACUUGACCUUCCCAAUGGGAAGAAUGUUGUCAAAGUCAGCUGUGGUUCACGGCACACUGCUGCCAUCUCUGAGGAUGGAUGUCUCUACACCUGGGGAUGGGAUGCAUAUGGCCAACUUGGUCACGGCGACGCACUAACAAGAGAUAUUCCAACAAUGGUGAAAUGUAUCAGGGAGGAUCAACGAGUGAUAGAUGUUUCCUGUGGAGCUUGGAAUACGCUAAUCGGGAUCACAUCCUAUGAAUGACAUGACAAGAUUAGUCAAGUGGCAUUAUAGUAGGCAGUUUUUGAAGGUGGUAUUUUGUGAACAAUUUUAACUCUACUUGCAUAUAAUAUAUUUGUGUAUUAUGGGCUACACAUGUAUAACUAAAAUAAAAAAAAUACAUAUAAAUAAAAUAUAAAAGAUGAUUCAAACCCUCUCUCAGACUGCAAAUAUGGCCAUCACAUUUACAUUUUCAUCGAAAUAAACAUAAAAUAUCGAAAUCAAGUAUAUUAUACGUCACAGGUGGGAGCUACUGUUAUGAACAUCUUCAUCCCUUAAAAAUUCGUUUAAGAGCCAAUUUACCGUGAACAAAAUUUCCAUAGAUUUUUACACAUACUAUGGGGGAUUAGGAGUCUGUGAAAACAUUUGUUUAGCAUUUCUUUAGCCAUGGAGAUAGACACAGUGUACCGUUAUGUAUAACCAAUGAUAAUCCCCAGGGUCCAGGGUCAUUAAAAAAAACCUGUGAAAAAACCCUUGCGGGAUUAGUCCUAUACUGAAGCCCCACGUAAAAAUGUCCGUGAAACAUCUCUUAAAGAUGCAAGCAGAAGUGGACUUUUAAAGAACAUUUAAGAGAUCAGAUGCUCAUAGUACAGGCGUACAAAAUCCUUUCAGAUUAAAACCACAUGUAUCAAAAUAUUCCUUUGAACUUACUAUGAAACAAUUUUACCAGAAACAAAUAUAAAAUCCAAUAAAGGAUAUUUUGGUGAUACAUUUGGAUGAUUCAGCAAAUUUUUAAUUAACAGGCUGGGUGUGAAAUCUCCGCUUUUUAGCGGAUUUCCGGUUUUUGUGUAGCGUGCCACAUUUUGUUUUCCGCUUUUUUAUUCUACCGAUGGUCCAGAUUUUCCCCCGCGCAUUGAUUUUAUUUCCAUUUAUUUUAUUUUUCGCUGCCGCCGGCCGGCCGAACGCACGCGAUAAACACAAUCGAUCCGUUCUACAAAUCACGAAGUGAACACAAUUACCCAUAAUGUGCGUGUAGGCUACUGCACAUAUGCCAUACGAUGAUGUAGUCCAAUUCUACAACUGCGCCUGCCAGGAUGUUAUUGAUGGUGGCGCUCAACCAAUCACCCGUUCCCGUUUCAUCCGCCGUACAGUCCGUGGAAGCCGCUCGUCAGGCACGGCGUCGCCGAACGGAAAUGGAGGAAGACCCGUACAUCAUCGAGCCUACGUCCUGUCACAACGGCAUGUAUCUGAUGCCAUCACUCAAGUCAAGACAACAUACUUCAAUGAACAGUUUUCGAAUUGUAACUCUUAAGAUAUGUUCAAGACUGUAAAUGAAUUACUGAAUACUAACCAAUGUCAUUUACACGAUUCUACCUCCUCAAAUGUA